UUUUUAGUGACAUUGACAAAUUAGUCAACUGUGACACCCGUCAUAAAAAUGGCUGCGCUCAGAGUAUUUAGUCGUAAUAUACCGUAUUUACGACAACAAUUUUCAGCAUUAUUAGGAAACACUUCGCCAUCAGUCAAAUUUAUUUGUGUUGUAGUUGUAAUAGGCUAUAUUUUAUCGUAUUCCGAUGAUGUUGUGGACGUUCUUAGUGUUACGCCAGGAUAUUUGUUGCCACCUUCUUUUCAAUUGUGGUCCACUUUCACAUUCUGGUUUCUUGAAAUACAUUUGUGGGAGGUGAUCAUUGACAUUGUGACGGUUGGAUUAUGUGGAAAGCUAAUAGAACCCCUAUGGGGCCAAAUGGAGAUGAUGAAGUUCUUUUUUCUAACAAACAUUGGAGUUGCAUUCUUGACGACAUUCUACUAUCUGGUAAUAUAUUCAUGGACUCAGGACACAUCUUUGCUGUUCGAUAUACACGUACACGGCCUUGCCGGUUAUCUGGCAGCCGUGAGCGUCGCUGUGAAGCAGAUAAUGCCAGAUCACUUGUUAAUUAAAACACCAUUAGGUAAACUAACAAAUAGAUCAUUGCCUCUACUAAUUCUCAUAGCGGCUAUAUUACUCUGGGCUGUGGGUGAGUUAGAAGGCACUUAUCCCUGUAUGUGGGGCAGUGGGACUCUGUUAUCAUGGAUAUAUCUGAGAUUCUGGCAACGUCACAGCAGUGGUACCAGAGGAGACAUGGCCGACAAUUUUAGUUUUGAUAAUUUCUUCCCGACAGUACUGCAACCUGUAGUGCGCGGUAUUAUUGGUCCGAUACAUCGUUGCUGUGUCCGUAUAGGACUGUGUUCUCCUAGUCCAAGACGGGUUCAUCUCGCUCUAAGCCCCCGCGGCGUUACAAUAUCCAUGCCAGGAGUUGAACCACAGGAUAUGGAGCGGCGACGCCAAAUCGCACUGAAAGCAUUAAGUGAGAGAUUAUCCAAGACUUCCGAACAGACCAGACAAAAGAACUUAUCGACAAAGGUUAAUAUGGAAGCAGUAAGGAAAAUGCAAUCACCCCAUGUUAUACCUCAGUUCCCUGCUGAAGAAGCCAGUCAGCCAACACCACAAGCAGAAGCGACUCUAGUCGAUAUAAGCACAGAACCUGUACCCCCAACGACUAAAACGUCAUGAUUGUAGUUUAUAUCUAAGACUGUUCACAGUUCAGUGUAGGAAUCUAAGUUAUGUGACCUCGGUUCAGGUAUAUUUAUAGUUCCAUCACAAAUUAUUUAUGUGAAAUGAAAUAGAAGUAAAAAGAAACUUUUCAAUAAUUUCCUUGUAAAGUUUUGUGUUCAGUAGAUAGAUUAAAUUCGUUGUUAUCAAGGAUAUUGUUCAAAACUGUUACUAUCUAAAGAAUUCAUACUACAUUAAAUUGAUAUUUCACACAA